GCACGGGUACCCGGACAAAUUGCCAAGUUCUCUGCUCAGCUCGUCGACAGGAGAACGGUUCGCAACAAACAUGCGGAUCGCGUGCCUACUGCUGCUGCUUCUCGGCGCCCUGUGUCAGGGCCACGCGGUGCCCACGGAUGGCGAGCAGGACGACGUCCAAGCACAGGAGGACUUUGACGCCUCGCGGUUCCUGGGCACGUGGUACGUGACCGCCUUGGCCAGCAACUGCAACUACGUGGCCAAGUACACCAAGCUCAGCAGGAGCUUUAAGAUGGAGCUGGAGGCCAGCGAGGAGGAAAACAAGUUCACCGUCACGUCCACCAAGUCCAAAAAUGGUGAAUGCUACCAGCACGUUUCCACCUACGAGCUGAUUGAAAAUGGGAAAUUCUUCACCAUUACAAAAUGGAGACACUCGAGGCACAUGACCCUGACGGUCAUACGCACCGACUACGAGAAGUACGCAAUACUCUACUACGGCAAAGUUAAGGAGGGCAAAAUCAUACGGACCAUGCGCAUGCUGGCCAGAUCACCGGACGUCAGCGAGGAUCUCAUGAACGAAUUCCGCAGUUUGAGCCUGGAGAUGGGACUCGCAGAGGAGAACGUCUUCCCACUGCCUUACACCGACGAGUGCAUCGCUGGAGAACAGGGUUUGAUUCUGGUGCCACGCACUCUGUAGGAGUAAACAACCUCCAAUGUCUACCCGCGUAGAACAAGACAGAUCCUCAUUAAAAAGACGUGAACAUCGCUUAAGCCGCACAUAUAGACGCAAAUGACAUCAAGCAUGUAAGAUAUGUUGACACAGGGCAGAUUAUUAUUUCCCAUAGCAGUGCUUGGACCAUCGCUGUCAGUUGGCACGUGUUGGCUGUCGGUAUUUCCAGAUGGAAUACCUCCACGAUCAUAUUCUGCCGCAUUUAUUUUAGAACUGUAACAUAUCUCAAAAGAAGUGUGAAUAAAUGACUGCCACAAUGAAAUUACGAAAAUAAAGCUGAUUUGUGCACUGCA